AUGCCAAAGUUUUCUAAACAAAAACAUCAUUGUCAAAGAAUUGCGAAUAAUAAACAAAAAAAAAUUGUUACCCAACUUACCCAAGUUUCAAAUAGUAGUCAGGUUACUGAUGAGAAAGAAGUUCCUAAUGAAAAACUAAUUUUUAAUAAAAAGCCAAACCUUAAAGAGGAACUUAU